AUGGCUAAUGUAUCCAAAAGAAAAUUGAAUAAAGAAAAAAAAGAGAUUCCUAUUUUCGGCUUGGGAACAUGGAGGUCUAAGCCUGUUAAGGUAAAAGAAACUGUGAAGCAUGCCAUAGAUGUGGGGUACAGGCAUUUUGACUGUGCCAGGUUUUACGAAAAUGAGCCCGAAGUUGGCCAAGUGAUUCAAGAAAAGAUUAAACAAGGCAUCGUUGAAAGAGCAGAUUUCUUCAUAGCUAGCAAGCUUUGGGUACCCACAUGA